AUUUAUUUAUUUAUUUCCGAAUGGCGUUCACUUCCGUGUCAGAAAGUCUGGACUUCCGGUGCGGCCUGGCUGCUGCUGAAGAUGGCCGGCGAUGGAGGCGCUCUGAAGGAUAUCAACGAGAUCAAGUCGCAGUUCCGCACCAGGGAGGGUUUUUACAAGCUGCUCACGCUCUCGGACUCGCAGCAGCGGGCCGGCUUGGCGCGCGGUCCCGGCGCCGGGAGUGGCGCAGCCGGUGCUGCCUCGAUACCGGGGGGCGGUGGCGGUCUGGUACCCGGACCCGGCGCCUCCUCUCCGGCUUCGGCGGGCUUCCUGCCCCCGGUGCGGGUCUCCAUGGUGAAGCUUCAGCCGGAAGACCCGAGCGAGGAGUCCGAGCGUGUGUGCUUCAACGUCGGCCGCGAGCUCUACUUCUACACCUACACCAACAUCAAAAAGGCAGUGGAUCUUAGUAAGCCUAUAGAUAAGCGUAUAUAUAAAGGGACGCAGCCGACAUGUCACGACUUCAAUCAGUAUUCUGCGACUGCAGACAGCGUGGCUCUCAUCGUGGGUUUUUCGGCUGGCCAGGUGCAGUACCUGGACCCCAUCAAAAAAGAGACCAGCAAGCUUUUCAAUGAAGAGAGAUUAAUAGACAAAACUAAAGUGACUUGUCUCAAAUGGCUUCCUAAAUCUGAGAACUUAUUCCUGGCCUCCCAUGCUAGCGGGCACCUCUACCUCUAUAACGUGGAGCACCCAUGUGGCACAACAGCGCCGCAGUAUUCUCUGCUUCGGCAGGGUGAAGGGUUCGCGGUUUAUGCUUGCAAGACCAAAACGCCCCGUAAUCCACUUUUGAGAUGGGCAGUAGGGGAAGGCGGGCUGAACGAAUUCGCGUUUUCCCCCGACGGUGUGCACAUAGCAUGUGUCGGCCAAGAUGGCUGCCUACGUGUCUUUCAUUUCGAUUCGAUGGAGCUGCACGGUGUCAUGAAAAGCUACUUUGGUGGCUUGCUCUGCGUUUCUUGGAGUCCCGAUGGAAAAUAUUUGGCUACCGGUGGAGAAGAUGACCUGGUCACUGUAUGGUCAUUUGCAGAAAGUCGUGUGGUGGCACGCGGUCACGGUCACAAGUCCUGGGUCAACGUGGUGGCUUUUGACCCCUUUACUACUAGCAUAGAAGAAGAGGAACCGAUGGAACUUAGCGGUAGUGAAGAGGACCUCCACCAAGGCCAAGGGGCACUAAAUUUCGGUCGCGUGCGAACCAGCAGCACUUUAUCCCGUCUCUCUCGACACAGCUCUAAAGGAGGGCCGUCUGUCUCGUAUCGCUUCGGAUCAGUGGGACAAGACACCCAGUUUUGCCUUUGGGAUCUCACAGAUGAUGUCCUGUAUCCUCGACUUCCUCUUUCCCGUGCCCUCACCAACACGUUCGGCUCCAACGCGCCACCUUCCAUCAGUGCAGGGUUGAACAGCACAAGCGGAAGUGGAGGAGUUGAGGGUCACCAUCACCCUUCCAACACCCACCAGACGGCUUCAUUACCCCUUCCACUACCUCGCUCCCUCUCGAGGUCCAAUUCCCUGCCACAUCCUGCUGUUGCGAAUGCUUCGAAAAACCAAGGGGGAACAGAAAGCGGAGGGACGGGCGUAAGCGGCGUAGGAAGCAGCGCCCCCUUUAGCAUUGGACGUUUUGCAACGCUAUCGCUCCAAGAGCGCAAAUCAGACAAGUCUGCCACUGGAGGGGAAAAGGAGCACAAGCGCUACCACAGUCUUGGGAACAUAAGCAAGAGCAACGACAAGAUCAAUGUAGCACCGCGUAGCAAUCGAUUAGAUGCGUCUAAGGUGUUGGGAACAACGUUGUGUCCACGCAUGAAUGAAGUCCCCUUGCUCGAACCUCUAGUUUGUAAGAAGAUCGCCCACGAAAGGCUCACGGUUCUUGUCUUUAUGGACGACUGCAUCAUCACCGCAUGCCAAGAGGGACUCAUCUGCACCUGGGCACGGCCAGGCAAAAUGCAUUCUUCUCAGCCAUUAUCGACACAAAACGGAAACUCGCCCAGCGGAACGGUGGUAUAGCCGGCAGCAAAAAAAAAGCCUUUUCACACUCACCUGCCCUGAUGCUUCCUGCUUCCUGUUUUCAGAGGCAUGACUUCCUGUCCUUGAGGCCCGGAGUCUGUCUGGCACAUUUUUACCACUGUUCUUACUCAGUCUCAUCUUCAUAACCACAAAAAUCACACACACAUGCAGCUCAUCUGAGGACAAAUACAUAAAGACGGUGGCACAAACCACACAAAUGUAGAUACACUUUAUCUUCCAUAUCGGGGGGGGGGGGCGGAAACAAAAAAAAACCCACACUGCAGAUGCCACGGUCAUUGUAUCUUAUUGUAUCUUAUUUAUUUAUUUUAUCAUUGAAACUGUAGUAAUUUAUAUUGUACAUAUUCAGAAUACUCUAUAAAGUGCAGAGGACUAAAUGUAUUGAAAUAACAAAACUCCAAUAAUUAAUAUAUAAAAAAAUCCUAUAUUGUACAUAGUUGCGUUUGAAUGUUAUGUUUGUGACACGUUUAAAAGAUUUAGCCUUUCGGUAUGCUAGUGCUCCUUAUACUGUUAUGACCAACGAUUGGAAUCUGAUCAAGUAGCUGCAAUUCGUUUAGCCUGUACUGCAAUUUUCUGAUUUACUGCGAACUCUUGAACAGAGUUUCUCUGGUUAAUAUAAAAUAACCAACCCUUCCAAGGUACUUUGCUCGCUAAUUGCGCUAACUAGCCGAAGAAAGAUACUUGUACUUCGGAAUCACACUAAACUAUUGUAGCAUCCAGUAGGCAGAUUCUUUUUUCUUCUAUCCCUUUUGCCAGAUUUUUCCCAAAUUUGAAUUUUUCCCAAGAGACAAGCGUGAAUGCUUUUUCCCGAAGGUUAAACCUUUCUUACAAACGUCCUGUAAAAUUCGCUGAGGAAUGCGGCGCCAUCGUACCGACUAGCUGAUUUCAGAUUUGUUUCCCCGUCAUCAUUUCUGAGGGGUGUUAAGAUAACUAGAUGUCGUCAUUAUUUUUUAGUAUGAAGGUAAUUUUACAGGUAUUGAAUAAACUGUGUGUAUCGAAAAACAUCAUUUUAAACAUGACCAAAGGAAUGUAGACUGGUUGUUUUGAUCACAGCUUAACGAGGUGGCAGGGCAGAUCUUUCUGGAGGACCACCUAAAAUGAUAAACACUUAGCUCGGGUCUCUCUGCAGUUGAAUGCUGUUCAGCACGCCUUCGUCAAUGUCCGCUUUUAAAACCCUGCAUAUCACCAAGUACGCCUUCUUCAUCAGCUUCGGCAUUCUGUGCCCGGGUUCACCAAGUGACACUGAUGGCUAAUUAUUUGCUGGGGGUUUGGUGCCCUCAUUUAGCACAUCUAGCUCACACCUUUUUUGAUUGCACUCCAGUAGCAGACCUGCUAACCUUCAAGUAUUUUCCAGAGCUGUUACAAAAAAAAUCGCCCAAAAGUACCAGAAAUUCCAAUUGAUAUAUGAAACUAUUGACAAUUGCAUUAGCUAUUUAAUUGUUCGCUCCACCCCAAUUCCAAAUCAGCAAUAUUUAGUCUGUUGUUUGGACUUGAAGUUCCCAGCGGGAAGAUGCUACCCCCUCACUCAUUUACAAGACCUAGCAACGUCUGCUUGACUUGGUUAAACUCAGCUACACAUAGCUAAUAUUAGAACUAAAAAAAGCUAAUUGAAAAAAUAACGUAUUCUCAAUUAGAAAUGUUAAAAUUUCUGUCAAAGAAUUUCAAAAUUAUUUCAAAUUCGAAAUCAGAAAUUUUUCUAAACUAAAUUGCGGACUAUUUCACGGUUUUGAGUAGCGACUAAUGAAAUUAGAAUGAAAGACUCAUACCUUUUUAGCAUGCAUUAUUUUGUUUUGGGCAGGUUGGCAGGACUAAGUGUCGUCUUCUGAGGUGAUAUCAAACCGGGUUGACUUAUCACGCUGCCGUUUCCUGUUCCUGAUCUAACAAACUUCGCUCAGGCUAAGAGUAACAGAACGUCCUUGAGAUAACCCGACAGAUUUUGAGGAAGAAGGUGGAAGAAGUACGUCGAUAUGGCGGAGUUUAAAAGCCCAUGCUGCGUUAAGCUAUCUUCAGCUAACUUUCUACCUGCUAUGAAAAAAAAAAAAAAGAAGGAAAGUGAAAGUUAUGGCAUGUUUCCAAUAAUGUGACCAAGGCUUUAAUUGUGCUUGUUGAUUUUUUUUUUUUUUAUUAUUAUUCCAAUUUUUUUUUUUUUUAUACGACUGUGAUGCAACAUGAAAGUUUGCAGGGACGAUUAUCAUUGAUCUUCUCUUUCUGUUGUGAUUUUUCUGUUUGAGGAUAAACUUGAGUAGAAUUUUAGCACCGAACAUGUAACAUCACCACUGGCCACCGAAUUAGCAUCCGGUUAAACUUGCUUGCUAUAAUGACCCAGCACCGUUAAUCUAAUUAAUUAAUUGUUUAAGGGGUAGCUUAGUAGUUAAAAUGUUAGAAUGUGGUGAGUUCAAAAUAUAGCACCAUCAAGCUGCCAUUCCCGGGCCCCUGAGCAAGUACCUUGACCAUUCACAACAGCGUAAUUGUAGGUCGCUCUGUAUAAAGUGUCUGCCAAACACGUAAAUGCAAGUUAGCGGGCUGGUUAGCAUGUAUCAACAUCAAGAGGACCUUCAUAUCUCAAACCAUUUUUUUCUAUUAAGCGGCGAGUGGUGACGUCACAUGAGCUUUUCUCUCUGUAUUAUUGAACUGAUUUUGACUGGCAUUCCUGUUUGCCAAGGCAACGGACCAAAUUCAGAACUUCCCAAAAUCUGUGCACUGAAAAUCUUUCUUACAGGCCCACUCUUUAAUUGCUUACCUUCCAACACGACAUCCAUGAAGCAUGUGGUUUGUGAUUUAAUUUCCGAGUAUGUGCGCAUUUAACCCGGUUACACAGUAAUGCCUGGGCCCCCCAAUGGGGCAAUCGACAUCACAAUAUCAAGUUUAUAUAUGGAGAUCUGUUAUUAAAACUCUUAAAUCCUG